AGGUUAAGAACUACUGCUCUAAGCAACUGUUUCUCAGGUGCAGCCCUUAUAAGAUAGAAUUGUUGCUGAUAGUCACAGGCCAGAGAAUUGAAGACCAUGUUUUUUAAAGUUCUUUAUUAAUUUACUUAAACAAAAUUUAUAUUCCAUGUUGUAUUCGCAAACUAGCAAUGAUUCUUUUUUCCAGCUUUGCCCUCUCAAGAAUUUAAUUUCUUACCUAGUUUUAUCUCUCUUUUUGAAUGGCCCAUAUGACACGUUUCUACAUCAUAUUCCAGAUUGGACUGUCUUUACAAAACAUUAUAUUGGUCAUUGUGAAUUUGAUUUAAAAGCACAUUCCCCAUAUUUAAAACAUCAGUAAUUAGAAUGGAUGUGUUACUCUUUUCAUCCUAAUCUCCAAAAUUUAAACAGGAGUUUGAAGUUGGAUAAAACUAGUACACAAGGAUCCCCUUGUGGGAUCUUCUUAGUUUAUUAGUCAUCUCCACCAUGGAACAGAAUACCAAUAGAGUGAAUACCAAUAAAGUGAAUCCAGAAGACUUUUUCCCAGGGGCCUGUAUUUUUGUUUGUUAAACUGUUAAAUAAAGAUCUAAUCAUAUGAGGCACUUUGAUCAAUAUUGCACUGAUGUGCUUUCUAAAGGAAAGAAGUUUAUACAUUCAAAAGAUCACAAGAUAAUCUCAGAGCUAAAGAAAAAGACUGUCAAUUACUUAAGAAGAACAGUUUGUGAUAAACUCAUAAGUUACAGAACUCAAAUCCUACAUCUAAACAGAAUCUUUGACUUGGUGAGAAAAAUAAGCCAAUCAGAAUUGCUUUAAAUUGGAACUUCAAUUUGAAAAUCUCUUGGCAGUUGGAAAUUCUAUAAGGUGAGGUUUAAAAGAAGAACAUGCCCUAUUUGAUAUAUAUACUCUAACUUUUUAAUAUUAAUGACAGAAAUGGCAAAUAUUCUAGACAUCACACUAUAUGUAUGAUCGCUACAGAGACCUUCAAAUUCAAUUUUAAAAAAAUGCUUUGUAGUACUGUAUAUAGAUAGUAUCUGUGGCAGCUCUUUGUAGUAAAGAAAGAAAUUGGUCUUUUAAAAGUUGUAGAAAGGUAUAAUAUUUGUUUCCAAAGCACUGCAAAAUCUUAAUAUCUAGGCUGGAAUAAGCAGUAACAACUGACACUGCUUUUUUUCAAAGAAGAACACAUAAAUGAAGAUGGAGUCAAUGAAAGAGGUUGAAAAUGGCAGCAUGCAAUCUCUUAAAGAACAUGAUGUAACUGAAAGUUCUUCAAAUCAAGUGCUGAAAGAAAAUCAGCAAGAACCCACCAAUGCUAAUGAAAGUGAAACUAUCUCACAAGCAUUGGAAAUGUCAGAAAUAUCAUCAAGCAGUUUGCCCAAGGAAAAGGCAAGUGAAUUUCAGGAGACUGAAACUGAAACAGAAGCAAAAAGUUCUAUAGGUCCUUUACAAGAUGCAGAAAAUGAAAAAUGCAGUUUAUAUUCUGCAGAGAAAGUAGAAUCACUAAAAAAAGUUCCAGUAGAUUGGACAGUCGAUACAAAACACGUUGAACUUCUGGCAUAUCUAUAUGCUGAAGGAUUAGCUGAAAUUCCACAAUAUUUUUUUGAAGUUCAAGCUAAAAAAAGUUUACUGCUUUCCGUAGAAAAUGCUACAGUAUGUCAAAAGCUAUCCAAAGAAUCAGUAUUUGAAAUGAUGCUUGAUGAAUUUACAGUUCAGUUACAUACAAGAGGGCUCAUUGAAGUUCCUUCCAGGAUUUUUGACACAAAGAAGUUGAAGUUUUUGAAUUUAAACAAUAAUGAAAUAAAGACCCUACCAAAAGAGAUAAGUUUGUUGAAAAACCUGGAAAUACUAUCUAUGGAAGGAAAUCAGUUAACUUCAUUACCUCCUGAAAUUUGUCUUCUUAAAAAACUUAGAACUUUGAAUCUGAGUUAUAAUCAAAUAUCAUCAUUGCCACAAAAUUUUUUUGAACUAUCAAGACUCAGAUGUCUUUUACUCAGUCAUAACAAUAUUGAAAAAAUCAACUUUGCUUUAGAAAAACUUGAAAGGCUAGAAAUGUUAGAGCUCAGUGGAAAUAAUGUGACCCUCCCAGAAUCUAUAUCUACCAUGAACAAAUUAAAUACACUCCUUUUAAAUUCCUGUAACAUUUCAAUAUUUCCAAAAAUGGUCUGUUACAUUCCAAAUCUAAAUAAGCUUAGUUUGUCAGAAAAUCAGAUUCAAAGUUUGCCAAAAGAAAUCAAAGAACUCAAAAGUUUAAAAGACUUUUCAUUAAGUAACAACAAGCUUACAUUUUUGCCUGUGCAGCUUUUUCAUUUGGUACAUAUUGAAAAACUGAAGCUGGAUAAUAACCAGUUAGAAAGUCUUUCAGAUAAAGUGGAAAACCUUGAAAAGCUUUGUGACCUUAAUCUUGCUAAAAAUCUAUUAAAAAUAAUUCCUGACAGUCUUUGCAAUUGUAUAAUGAUAGAAUGCCUCAAUCUUAAUGACAACCAAUUAAGAGAGAUUCCUUCCACUCUAUACAGAUUAAAAUAUCUAAAGGAAUUGUACCUAAACAGAAACCAACUGAUCUUGUUAGAUGAAAAAAUAGCAUACAUGAAAGAACUCUUAAUUUUAGAAAUAUCAGGAAAUGUAUUAAUGUACAUUCCUGUUGAAAUAAAAAGUUGUACUGAAAUCAUUAAAAUUGACUUAAGUUAUAAUAAAUUGGCUGCGUUUCCACUUGGAUUGUGUGCACUAGCUGCUCUUAGUCACUUAAAUCUCAGUGGAAAUUAUAUUUCAGAAAUAACUAUUGACAUUUCAUUUAUUAAAAAUCUGCAGCAUCUAAAUUUCAGUAAAAACAAGUUGCCAUCAUUUUCCAUACACCUUUGUACUCUUUCUAGACUGAGCUAUUUAGAUCUAAGUAACAAUGAAAUAAGCACUGUUCCAACAAGUGUGCACCAAAUGCAAUGUCUUCAGAUUCUGCUAUUAUACCAUAACAAAUUCGUUUUGUUUCCCAAAGAAUUGUGUGUUCUAAGUUAUUUAAAAGUUCUUGAUCUUUCUGAAAACAAAAUACAGUUCAUUCCUGAAGAUAUUAAGGAACUAUCAAAGCUAAAAGUCUUAAAUCUAUCAGACAACCAGUUUGCAUCGUUUCCAAAUGAAAUAUGCCAACUUUUAUCAUUACAGAAGUUAACUCUGAGUCAGAAAAAUGGAUUAAGGUUAAAAUCACUGACAGAAGAGAUAUCAAAGCUGACAUCUCUUAAAGAGCUGGAUAUUUCUCACAAUGAAUUACAAGAAAUACCUGAAAGUAUAGGGGACAUACAAAGCUUGGUCACUUUGAUAGCAAACAACAAUUGUUUAACAGAACUUCCCUCAAGUUUUGCAUCACUCUGUAAUUUGCAGCAUCUGAAUCUGAGAGAAAACAAGCUUGUAUACUUGCCUAGUGAUAUGCACCUUCUUCUGCAACUAAAGAAUAUAGAUUUUGAUGAAAAUACUCUCAUCAGGCCUCCUCUGGAAGUCUGUAAAGGGAAACAGCUGCUCCCCAUCAUACAUUACUUAGAAAAUGCUGAUCAAAGAGAUGGUAAGUUUAGAUUAAAUUUCCCAGUAUCAGUAGACUUCCUACUAUGCCUCUUUCUUUGGGCUUCUGAGUUUUCCUAUCUACCAUGGGAUAGAGAGGUAGGGAGCCUCCCUUGUUUCUUGAUUGCUCUGAUCACAUGGAUUAAGCCACAUGAGUUAGAAGAAAUUUGCUGACUUUAUAGUAUUAAUAGAUAAUAGAUAUUGUUCAAAGAUAUUCUAGUUAUGAGCCUCCUCAAUAAGAUGUAGCAGCAAAUUAUGAGUAUCUGCAGAUUAAGUAUUUGCUGAACAUAAAGACAUAGCUUGCUGUACCAACAUAAGUCACCUUAAUUUACACUCUGAGGAAUCCUCCUUGAUACUCUUUUAAUGGAUCAGUUGCUUGCACUAAACUCUUUUCCAUCUCAUUUUGGACACCAAAUAUGGCAGAAAUCUUUGUAAAUGGAGAGGGAACUGACCUAGAAAUUACAGAAAGCAAAUGCUGGAUUCUUCAAAGAUGUAGAGAAUCUGUUGAAGCUUUAUUCCUCCUAAUCUUUUGAACAUUCAGAAAGAAAAAUUGAAACCAAAACAGACUAGUCCAAAUUGAGAUCCUAAGGUAACAUUCAAAAUAAAAUGUCUAAGCAAAGAGAUAAACUUACAGAGCAGCAGUUUGAAGUUUCUAUUCUCCUGUUUUUGCGCCAACAGUCUUAAUAAACCUUUCAACCUUCUUGAAUAAUCUCUGACCCCUUCCUUCUUCUAGAAAGCUUUCCAAGUUGAAGAACCAAUUCUCUUGCUUGGUAUCUGAUAUCAGAUACAUAUCUGAUAAAUUAAUCCAAGAGAUGUUUUCUCUAUUGACUUCUGUCAUCUGCUGUCUUCCUCAGCCUUCUUUUCUAAUCCCUUAGUCCUGCAUAAAAACAGCCUUUAUGAAUCAUAGGCAUAGGGACUUAUAUUCUGUUGCUGUGGUUUAUUUAAAAGGUUGCAUUUUCCCUCCCACAUAAAAUGCAUCCCCAAAGAACGUCCUCAAUUACUUUCUAUUCUACUAGAGCCUAAAUUACAUUAAACAUAAAUUUGUUCAUUGCAAGUACCUAGAGUAGCAUAUAGGUCUAAUAAUCUCAAAAUUCAGCCCAAUGUUUUUUGGGCCUUUUCCAGGACUCAUGCUUGUUAUUUGGUCCUACCCACCCUAUCCUAAAUUCCCCAUUGUUUCUUCACUUCUACAUUUUACAUUUAUCAGAAGAUGAGUGGAUGGCCCCAGAAAACAAACAUCAAUAUCUAUUACAAAGUAGGAAAAUCAAUUCCAUUUAAAAUGUUUUUCUAAGCAGACACUAUACUAUAGUCUAUCAACAGAUACUAUAGUCUAUCAAUAGCCUGAAAUCAAACAAAAUGAUACUAUAAAUCAGGGCUUUUUUUGGUCAUAGAAUGCACUGGAAUGGAGUUCUGGCACUUUUUUUUCCGACAGAUUUUCCAGAGUUGUGUUCUUUUCCUAUUGUUUCCCUUCCUACCCUCAUUUGUUUUUGAAAAUGCCCCGCUGGCAGUAUGAUGAGAGUGGGGUCCCCUCCAGCACUGUCUGCCUCCUCUAGGAGGAGCCAUGAGGCGCCGGAGCACCACAGCCAGAGUGUGGCUUGAUUGGCUGGGUCGGACCAUGUGGUGUAGAAGCUGAUGGUGGUGGUGG